CACGUCUGGGUGGCUGCAGAGUGCAGCGCCACGACAGGGAGGGACCCAGAGAACUGCCAGGACCAGGCCGCUUCUGAGCAGAGAGCUGGGCGAGACGCAGAAAUCUCCACACAGAGCGAAGGAGCUCCUGGGGAGGCCGUGUCACUUGAUUCCUAAUGUCUCCCUGAACCCCAGGCAGCUGCGGACAUGGCCAGGGCUGUGGUCAGGAAGCAACGUCGUGCGCGGCAUCUCGAGCAGCAGGCAGACACAGCGGGAGCCAGGCACGCGGGGACCAGAGACGGGGACGCUGAGAAGUGGCACCCACCUGCCAGACACCCUCAGACACGUGACCACACCCGCUCACAGGGAGCACAAAGGCGGUGAUCACGGUCUUGGGGCCAGCGCGCAGCCUCAGCAGGCCAGCUGUGCAGAGAGUGGCCCAGCCCAGCUCCCUGAGGCUUCAGCCAUCCAAGACUGGCGAAGCUGCUCACCCCUGCACCGCCGGGGCUCCCACUGCUUCCCACCGGCUGCCAGGCUGUGCGCCAUGGCCCCCAGUUACAGCCCUGGUAACUGCACAGCAGACACAGACAGGCGCGCCCUGCCCCAGGUUACCAGCGUCUCCAUGUACCUCAUCCUGGCGCUGGGGCUGCCCCUCAACGGCCUCGGGCUCUGGGUGUUCUGCUGCCGCCUGCGCAGGUGGACGGAGACCCGCGUCUACAUGGCCAACCUGGUGGCGGCCGCCUUCCUGCUGCUGCUGAGCCUGCCCGGAGCCCUGCACACGCUGGACCAGGAGCAGGGGGCGCGCGACGGUCCUCUGUGCGGGGUCCUACAGAGCCUCUACGACGUCAACACCUACGUGAGCACGGGCCUCCUCACGGCCAUCGCCGUGGACCGCUACUCCGCCCCGCGCUUCCCCCUGCGCACUCGGGCCUGGCGCAGCCCCCACCGGGCCGCCCUCGCCUGCCUGGCCCUCUGGCUGCUGGUCUCUGGGGCUGUGGCCCUGUGGGCGUCCCUGCUGCCUGCGGACGAGAAUCUCUGCUUCGGGAGGUGCCACACCCGGGACGCCAGGACCCUUGCCUUCUCCCUGCUCUCCUUCCUCCUCUUACUGCUGGUCCUCAGCUUCUGCUCCGGGCAAGUGCUCUGGCCCCUGCUCCGCCCCAGGAGGCCGGCCGCACCCUCAAAGCCCUCCGUGUCGUGGCCGCCAACCUGGCCACCUUCGUGCUCUGUUUUCUCCCACUGCACGUGGCCUUGAUGGCCAAGCUCGUGGCCAAGUGGACCGAGGCAGCCGACCCCACCAUCCAGCACGUCACUGACUUCGUGCGGGUGACCGCCCGCGUGGCCAACGCCAACUGCUGCCUGGAUGCCAUCAGCUACUAUUUUGUGGCCACAGAAUUCCAGGAAGAGGUGGGGGCCAUCCUCCGAAUGCCCUGGCCUUUCCGGGGACGGAUGCGGGGCGCUCCUGCGGGGGACCACUCUGACGGGGGUGUCCGCGGGGCAGUGGCUACGGAGAGCAAUGCAGAGGGGGCCGCACAGGGCCCCACAGACCCCCCGCAAGGCAGCUCUUUCCCCUCCUCCACGGCACCUACGAGAAGUAGCCUCCCUGCUCACAGCGUGACUUUGGAUUUAUGAGUCCUGGGGACGCGGGCUAUCACUCAGCAAGUCGAAUUUAAGCAAGGGAUGAAAGGGUCACCACCAGAUGACCACCAGGUCUCUCCUCACCCAGCGCUGCUGGCUUGGCCCCUGGGCUGCUUCCUUCGCAGCGUGCGCCCCCUCCCCCAACACCAGCCCUCAAGCUCCAGGAUACAGUGUGACCCUGACCUAGGCUAGACUGACCUCCGACCUCUGUGCUCCUCCCCUGCGGGUGCUCAGGAAGGGAAGGACUCUCUGAGCACACAGGUGGCACUCCCUGGCAAGCACUGGGGAGGGUGUUUUAAAAAAUCGCAUUUUUCUGUGUCACCUAUAGAUUACAAUCAGACACCAAAAUCUA